GUUGGUGCGCGCGUAUCGCGGAUUUUUGAAAGCAGCGUGUAACGAGGUUCUAGAGAAGAUGCAGUGGAAAUGAUUCUUUGAGAGCUUUAUGGUGGACAAGUUCUGCAGGUUCUGCUUAGCAGCAAGGAGUGACAUCCAAGACACAGACGUUUCUUCAGGCACCUUUGAAUCCAGGACUAAAGAAAGUCACAAUCAGCACGUGCAGGAGAUGGCAGAAAAGAUGACAUUGAGGGUCAUUCUCACUGAGGCAGACAUAAGAAAGCUCACCCUGAACAGGAGGCCUGAUACAGUGGAGGAACUGAUAAGCAAUAUUAAAGAAUUGCUGGGACUUGACUACAAAUUCAGUUUCCAGUACAAAGAUCCUGAAUUUAAUCAUGAACUAUGCAAUCUGACUGAUAUUGCUGAUCUUCCAGAAAAACCCACAAUCAAAGUUAUCCCCAUACUCGAGCUGGUUCCUGGCUCAGUAUCUGCAGAAAGCUUGGAUGAAAACCUCAGUACAGCAGAUACAGAGAUCCUCUCACAGUCAUCUCAUGAGCGGCAAGCACAGUGGCCAGAGUUAUUUGAUAUUCCAUGUUUCUCUGUUGAUGUGGAGUAUAGACUCAGGCAAGCAAAUUUGCUGUAUCUUAGUGAUGGGACUCUACUUAAAGUAACAAAAGAUCUUAAACAUGAGAUUCUCGAAAAAUUGGCAGAGAACAUGUAUGGCUUUACAGCAUACCCAAACAAUGGUCAAUUUGAAAGCGUUGCAGCUGCACUGAUCAACAAGCACCCCUGUCUCCAAGAAAAGGGCUCAACCAGUCGCUGUAGUGGUUGGAAGAAUAGUUUGAAAUAUAAAAUGGCUAAUUACAGGUCAAAGCUCAGACAAUCCGGUUGUCUUGAUGUUGUGGUAAAUGCUGGUAAGCGUACAUGUCAUUCAACCCCAGGAGAACCAGCUAACAAAACUCUAAAGAAAGCAAAGAAAGGCGAGCUCAACUACAUGCCCAACUUUCCAGAGGGAAUUGAUCAGACCGGUCUUGAGUAUGCACGUGAGGUCUUGGUCGAAGAAAUGCAGAAAAGAACACCAAAUGGACAACUUGUGAAAGAGAAGAUGGACCUUACCUUUGCACUUAGAAGAAAAGAGGUGGUUGGGUCCAAGCCUGCCAUAAGCCUGAUGGUGGAACGCUGGCCUGCUCUUUUCACAGAAGAUCAGGUGUUCAUGGAGUUCAGCAGGAUUGUGGGAAAAAACCUCAAGCAGGAAUUUAAUGAAAGUAUUGAUCGACACAGUCUUUGUUUAAUUGAGAUCUUUCGAUCUAAGAAAGGAAAUGUCGGACAGCUGUUGACACAGCUUUUACAACAAAUCAAGACUCAAGAGCCAACUGAUAUUAGGUCACUGGUGCUCAGAGGGCUGCCGAUUCUUCUUGGUGACAAACCCACGGACUUCUUCAAAGCAUGCUUUGACUCUGAUGAUCAGUCAUUUCGGCACCUUGACUUUGGAAUCCUCCUUGUUGAGCAAGGUGUUUUGUGCCCAUCUUCUCUUCACCUCAAUCCUGCCUCAGUUAAGAUCGUUAUUGAGGGAGAAGUCGUUAUGGAAGGAAUUAAAGACUUGCCGAAAGCUGUGUGCAUUCUCUUUGGGCUUGCAUAUGCACUGCAUUUGAACUAUCCCAAAACAAUGAAAAACACAUUUCAAUUCAUUGAACAAGUUCUCCUCAUGUUGGGCCACAGUAACUUAAAACCCAAGAUACAAUCAUUAAAAAAUCAACUUGCAAUUUGAUUAUGAUCAUCCUGUCACUACUGGAAGUGAUCCAAAGUUUAGUUUCUGUGCCAAGUGUUUAAAUCUGUGCCAAGUGUCUAAAUCAGUUGUUGUAUUAAUAUAAGUUAAUGUGGUCAACUCAAGGUUAAAGUUUCAGAGGUUUGCCUCAGGUUUUAAUGCUAAUCCAGUUUUAAUGCAAUUUCAGUCAUUCACAUGGAUAUAGCAUAUUGUUGAAUACUG